GAAAUAAAUUUCAUCAUUCGAUUUAGAAUACAGAGUCACUUUGUUGAGAUCUGUCACGAUGAGAAGAAAGAGAGCCAAGAAUGGGCGCAGUACGUCGUUGAAGAUGACUCUAAAUCAAGUGCUGCGGGAAGGGUAUCGUGCACCAUUCAUCGAUCAGGUCACAUACUGGUGCCUUUCGGCCACAAUGAUUACGACUCUGGCGUCAUUACUGUUUUUGUUCAAAGCAAACAAAGCCUUUGACGAUGAAAAUGUUCGAUUUUUUAAAGGUGAAUCCGAUGAAUACACGAAUGAUGAAUUCAAUAAAUACGUGAAUGGUGUAAUUGGUGAAUGUUUCACCUCGGUAUUACAAGAAAAUUACCACAAAUUACCGCUUGCAUUUCGACGAACUGUGGAGCAAGCAUGUCCUGAUUUUCUUCGUCCAGAAAAUUGGCCAGCUCGCGAGGGCAUGGGGAACGCAUUCAAUCAUCUCAUCACUCAGUACAUAACAAACGUGAAAAAUAACAUCAAAGUAUGGGCAUUCAGUCGCAUCAAGAAAUUUUUCACACUAAAGCGCUACGAACUGAAUUUGAAUCGACAAGGAAAUCUCAUCACUGAAUUGGAUGUAAAACGUGCGACGAAGAUCGUAAUGUUCCAAAGUAGAGUCGAGAGAAACGCGAACAUCGAUCUUCUAUUAAACGAAGCAGCAGGCAUUGGAUUGCCAAUCAAUGUACACUUUCAGAAUCUCAUUCGUGAUCGCUGGUUCCAAACCAUUCCAAUAUUUAUAAACAUUCAGCGACAAAUUUUCGAUUUUCACGCGAAAUAUGAAAUGUUGAAACAACGCUGGUUCCAAUAUCGACGCGAUCCGAACAACAAUGUCAUGCCGACCACUCCACUCCCGCCAAAAAUAAAGAAUUUUUUAGUAGUUCCAAUCCACGAUUUCGAUAUGAAACAUAUCCGCAUCGAUAUCCAUCUUUUUUAUUUGAUUGCGCGCAAAUUUGGAGCAUUGAAAUUGGCAAAAGGAAAACGCGGUCAGCCAAUAAACAUUGAAAAAACUGAAUACGAUAGCAAUCCAGCUUUCUAUUGGAAUUUAAUAUUUGACAUGCCAAAAAUUUCGAAACUUGGAAAUGGUAAGGAAUUCGAUUUUGCUGUGGCAACCGAUAGUGUGGCAGUUUCGUUAUGUUUCGUGAAGCCUGAACGCAAUACACCAGAACUUGAUAACAACACCAUCAAAGAGAAGUACAAUAAUUUUGAGUUUGAUUAUGUGCUUGGAAUCGAUCCAGGAGUUCGUACAUGGAACGCCACAGUUCGCAAACACGUUCGAUCCGGCAACGAGGAAAACAUCACAAUUGAUGGUCCAAAAUACCAUUUCAAAGCGAAAUAUGGCAAACGCAAGCGUAAAUCCGAUCAAUGGACUGAAUUGUUGCAAAAACAACGGGAGCUCGACUAUAAACGCUAUGCAUUUUUUCCAUCGCCGAAAGGACGUUCACAUUGGAUGUGUUACAUCGCUUAUUAUGUGAAAAUGAUGAAACCAGCUAUGGCGGUGUACACAACAAGAAAGUUUAUUCGACUCCGUCUCGAUAAAUACAUCGAAGAGAAUCGGGCCAGUGACAAAAUCGCGGCAUCACUGACGAAAAAAAAGUCGGCGCUCGUUUUUAUUGGUGCAGCUCAAAUAGCUCCAAACUCACCAAUUGGUAUUAAAAAGCGAUUGCGAUGCCCGGGAUUACGACGACUAUUGAACAGUUUUAAGAAGUUGGGAAAUUGUAUUGUACGAUUGGUCGACGAAUACAAUACAUCGCAAACUUGUGCAAAAUGUUUCCGGCCAUUCGAUCGACGAACCAAAAGCGAUCGAUACAAAGUUUGUCAGCAUUGUAUUCCAAGUGAAGAUGAGUCAUCGCAAUGGAAUUUACCGAACGUCAUUAUCACCAUGAAAAGCAACCGAGUGUACCAACAAUUGCGUAAAUAUGCAGUUGAUUUUGUUAAUCGAUUGAAUGCAGUCAACCCAGAUCAUAUUCCAAUGGAUUCAGAUGGUUUAGUGUCAAAACUUCAAGUAUGUUUCAAAAACUGGCAACUAAACACUGGCAUUUGGAAAGAUGAUCAAGCUCCAUUUCAAUUGAAAACUGUUUGGCACCGGGAUAUCGUUGCAGCCAAGAACAUCAUGUACAAAGGUGAAAAAAUAUCACUGAAAUUAAAAAUGUUUAAGAAUGUUUUGGCUAACAAUUUGUUGUUUACGAUUUUGUUUUUAGGUCUUUGUACGGUGUUGGGAUUGGACAUUCAUCCGCAACUAUUGAGACCACAGAAUCAAAAUGCUGCCGUACAAAAUCAAGCAGCUGACGAUGAGGAUUCCAGUGACGAUGAGAACUACGUUUAUGUUCUCGAUGUUUCCGAUGACGACCAGUUUUAAUUACAUGUAGCAUUAAGAUUUCUUUUUAAAUAAUAUUAUUGUAACGUUUUGUUACUAUGCUGGGCUUGAGUUUUGUGGCCUUGACCGAAGUACGGGCAGUUCGGUAUAUAAAAUAACCCGUAGGUGAGUAUCAUUUAUUGAACUGAACCGAUAGUAUAUUGAUGUUGAUUCAUACUUAGUAACUGAGUUUAUUUUUUCUCUUUUUUCUUUCCAUUGCGACGUUGAAAAUGACUGAAACUACACUCAAAUCCGACCCCAAUAUUGACCGUCAACAUAUGCCCGAUAAUGGAUGAAUUUGCCACAACAAAUGUUUUUUGGGCAAUAAUAUAGAGAAAAAAUAAAUAAAUUACGAUAGCACGAUACUUGAUUUGAUGCAAUUUACUUGUUGAACACGCACUUUCAACUGAGACUAAACUCUCACUGUUUAGAGACGCAUAUCGCACAAACAUGAAUUACCCGUAAAUGUUGUUGU